ACUGGUCAGCUAUCUGGCCUUUAAUUCACAGUCGCAGCUUGUUUGAGUCGCUCCACCAUCCACCAUGAGCAAGUAUCUUUGGAAUUUCUUCGGCUUCAGAGACUCAGCACCGCCAAACACUACUUCGCGCAGUCUACCGUCGUCAUGGUAUAGGUCCGACGCUAUCUAUCAGCUGGAAAGGCGGGCCAUAUUCUCUAAGAGAUGGAUCAUGGUUACACACAAGCACAGGUUCCCCACUACCGGAGAUUAUAUUCAAUUUGAAGAAGCAGGUUUCCGCUUCUUUCUCUGCCGAGAUCGAGAUGGCGAUAUCAAUGGGUUCCAUAACAUCUGUCGGCAUCGAGCUUUCCCUGUCGUCAUGGAACCUCAAGGACGAGCGAAAAUACUGUCCUGCAAAUACCACGGGUGGUCCUACGGACUGAAAGGUAAUCUGGCAAAGGCGCCUGGCUAUGAAGAGAUGGAAGGUUUCGACAAAACGCAAAAUGGACUUUUUCGAGUGAAUGUUCAUGUCGAUCAUAAAGGCUUUGUGUGGGUGAACAUGGAUGUUUCAAAUGACUUGGCAUGGGAAGAUGACUUUGAGGGGGUUGACACACAGCCUCGCAUGGAUGCAUUUGACUUUGACGAUUACCGAUUCGAUCACACUUGGAACAUGGAUGGCGACUUCAAUUGGAAAGCAUUGGCUGAUAACUACAAUGAAUGUUAUCAUUGUCCGACCGCUCACCCGGACGUGGCCGGCAUCACAGAUCUGAAGCUUUACGCUGUCAAUACGGAAGGGGGGCACAUUCAGCACUUCACUAAUGCAGAUAAUAUCGCCAUGGAUGAGGGACAGCGAGUUCGCAGCACGUAUUAUUUCCCAAAUGCGUGCAUGACCAUCACACCUUUCUUCUUUUACAUGAUGAGAUGCGUACCCACAUCGCCUAAUCAUUGCUCAAUGGAGUACGAAGUAUAUCGGCAUAAGGAUGCUUCUGAUGCGGAGUUUGAAGCCAUCGACUCCAUGUACAAACGAGUCUUGAAUGAAGAUAAGUGGCUUUGCCUCAAUACACAAAAAAACUAUGACGCUGGUGUAUAUGUCAGUGGAGAGAUGCACACAAGAAUGGAAAAGGGACCCUUGUUUGUUCAGCAGACCGUUCGCAACCUUGUCCGACAGCACCAUGAACAGGAGAAGACGCUGGGGCGCGAGAUAUGGCCUGCCCGACAGGUUUUGCCGGAGUUAGCAACAGGGGUACACGAAGAUGAAAUUUUCGCGUGCAACUUGACUUGUCCAUCUGACAAGCUCGAGUGGUAGAGAAGGAUAGUUGCACAUUACGAUGUCCCAAAAGUAUUUAGAGGAGGCUGAUACUACUGGAAAAUCCCAAAGUCCAACCCACGUCGGUGGCAGCGUCCUUAAGACUGAAGUAAACGAUGUCGCAGACCGAUAUACUCUUUCUAUAGAAAAUCAUUGCUAUGUGGGAUUUCGAC